AUGGUCCAGAAUGUCCUGGUCCAGCCCAGCCCAGCCCGGCUGCCCGGCCAGCUCCAGAGCUGUGAUGCAAUGCGUCAAUUGGCCCGCCUCAGUCAGUCAGCCCGUCAGUCACAGGAUCGAUACCCCUCCACGGCCCCGAAAUCGCCCUUUUCAUCACCAUCCUCUCGAAUCCUAUCCUCUCAUCUCCCACACCCACGCUGCAGCAUCAUCAUCAACAACGUCGUUACUCUGCAGCCCGUCCACGGCCAGUGCACGACCCAGUUUUCCCGGUGUACAUCUGCAUCUAUUCCCGCCCUCGUCCUCGUCGCCAGUGACGUCUCUCCCCUAGCCUGUCUUGCUACAAAUUGUGUCGCCUGUCGCCUGUCGCCUGUUGCCAGCCGCCCAUCACCGACCAUCCUCCCUAUCAACCUUUGCUUUGGCCUCGUGGACCCUGCGGCUCAACAACAAGGUCGAGACUGCAAAUAUACCUGGAACCUGGAACGACUGGCAACCCCUCGUCGUCACCAAAUCCACCCCACCACCCAGGCCUCCAGGGCUAAUAAGCCCCUGCUGCAACAGCAAGCAGUCAACGUCACCACUAGACUGAGACUUGGAUCGGCCUUCAUCAACCCCUGGAAAUUAAUCCCGUUCGAGCCCUUCCGAGACGGGGUUACAUCAUCGGUCAACAUGUCGACAAUACAGCAACUCAAGAACUUUAUCCGCCAUGGCAAGCAAGCUCGGACGUCAAACGCCGACGAGGCCCAGAGGAAAAACGACCCGUCGCCGCCUCAAUCCCAGCCUCUGCCAGUCCCCAACAAGGCCAUGCCCCAGUCAGAACCCGGUUUCGGCGCCAUGGCCCCCGGCCACGCCCAGCCAGUCCCCGACGCCUACUCAACCGCCCCCGGCGAUGAGACACACCGCGCCGCCCGCGCAGACGGCGUCGCCGCUGCCCACGAGCAGGAGAAGCAGGCCCUGCACCAGGGCGCCGGCGGCAAGGGCAAGCGCAUCGACGACGUGGCCAAGCUGGUCGCCGAGGAGAACGCCAGCCGCAGCAAGUUCCCCAGAUACUCGGGCCUGGAGCGCUGGGAGCUGCUCGAGAAGAUGGGCGACGGCGCCUUCAGCAAUGUCUACCGCGCCAGGGACCUCGAGGGUGACGCCGGCGAGGUCGCCAUCAAGGUCGUGCGGAAAUACGAGAUGAACAGCAUGCAGAGAGCAAACAUCCUGAAAGAGGUGCAGAUCAUGCGCCAGCUCGAGCACCCCAACAUCAUCAACCUCAUAGACUUCUCCGAAUCGAAACAGUACUACUACAUCAUCCUCGAGCUGGCACCGGGGGGCGAGCUCUUCCACCAGAUCGUGCGGCUCACCUACUUCAGCGAGGACCUGUCCAGGCACGUUAUUGUCCAGGUCGCCAAGGCAUUGGAGUACCUCCACGAGGUCAGAGGCGUGGUCCACCGUGACAUCAAGCCCGAGAACAUCCUCUUCAGCCCGAUCCCCUUCAUCCCAUCCAAGCACCCGAAACCAAAACAGCCCGGCGAUGAGGACAAGGUCGACGAGGGUGAGUUUGUCAGGGGUGUCGGUGCCGGCGGCAUCGGCCAGAUCAAGAUCGCCGACUUUGGCCUGUCCAAGAUCGUCUGGGACAACCAGACCAUGACGCCCUGUGGCACCGUCGGCUACACGGCCCCCGAGAUCGUCAAGGAUGAGAGGUACUCCAAGUCCGUCGACAUGUGGGCCCUGGGCUGUGUUCUCUACACACUGCUGUGCGGCUUCCCGCCUUUCUACGACGAGAGCAUAGAGGUUCUUACCGAGAAGGUGGCGAAGGGCCAGUACACAUUCCUCUCGCCGUGGUGGGACGACAUUUCGUCGUCUGCCAAGGACCUGAUCACCCACCUGUUGACCGUUGACCCCGAGAAGCGAUAUACCAUCACGGAGUUCCUCGCACACCCCUGGAUCAGGCAGAGCGAGACGCCCGGCAUCCAGAAGAAACCCCAGGUCACCUCGGACGGCCAGCUGCGUGCCUUUGACGCCUCCAAGUUCAAGGACGGCGACAAGCGCUACGACUUCCGCUCGCCCGGCGCUGUCAACCUCCGCGAGGUCUUUGACGUCACAUAUGCCGUGCACCGGCAAGAGGAGGAGAACAACCGCCGGAAGCAGAUAGGCGCCAAGGCUGCCGGUGUGUCGCGCCUGGCCGGGCUCAACGAGUCUGACGAGGACGACGACAUGCCCGACGUCGACGACACGGCCAAUGCACCACCACCCAAUGCCGGCCAGGGCACCCAGGCCCUUGAGCAGAGCAUGCGCAACGCCCAGAUAAGCGCGAGCGAGCAGCGCGGCAGGGAGCGUGAGAGACGGGCGCCGGAUCAAAAGGGCUACGGACAACACUCGGCAGCCGUGACCGCCGCAGCGAGGCAGCAGGUCAAGGACCGCAACCGACAGAAGGGCGCGUUUGAGCUGAGCCUCGACGGUGCCACCCUGCUCGGCCGGCGGGGGAGGAAACAGCCUGCUGCCCAGGCGGCCUAG